UAGACUGUAGAGGCAAGACGACGCUCGUGACGCAUCAACAUGCAAUGCCUUCAGGCGCCACACCGCCCUCGUAAAUAAAAUUUUGUUUCACUUCACGCGCGCCUCGCCAAAAAAUUCAGUGCAGUACGUCUGGCUGCAGUCGCGCAAGAUCUCGACUCCCUUGAUCUGUUGAUGGGUCCGGCGAAUCCGCUCUCGGGAUGAACGGCUUGCAUGCAUUGCAGGGCCGCCGCCGUGGUCACGGGUCGGAAUCCCACGCGCGCCCGGGGUCGUCCAACCGUCCAAGCCGUGCGCGGGAGUAGAGUACAUUACACACAUCUUCCUCUGGCACACUCCCUCUCGAGCUCCUUCGCUUCACCACAAUGGCAACCACCACUACUACUGUCACGGAAGAACCGAACAAUGCCGACGACGACGCAUCAUCGCCUCCAUCUCCGACGACGUCUCCACCACCCAACAACAAGAAGAAGGUCACGUACGAGCUCGCCGCGCGGAACAUCUACUACGCCAAGCCAGCCGCCGCGCCGCGGUCGCUCGUCGCGCAUCUCCUGAAGCCGUGCGGCGCGUCCCCGGCGCCGCCGGACUACAUCCUCCGCGACGUGUCCCUGACGGCUCGGGCCGGGGAGAUCCUGGCCGUCGUGGGUCCGAGCGGCGCGGGCAAGUCGACGCUGCUCGACAUCCUCGCCACGCGCACGGCGCCGGCGCAGGGGCGGCUGCUGCUCAACGGCGCGCCGCUGCGGUCCACGUCGUCGUUCCGCAGGCUGUCGGCGCACGUGCCCCAGGCGGACGUCGCGCUCGACCUGCUCACCGUCUCCGAGACCUUCGCGUUCGCCGCGUCGCUGCUGCGCCCGGACUCCGCGUCCGCCGCCUCGGCCGCGGUCGCCGCGCUCCUCGACGACCUCAGGCUCGCCCACGUCGCGCACACGCGGGUCUCCCCCGCGCGGCUCUCCGGCGGCGAGCGCCGGCGCGUGUCGAUCGGUCUCGUCCUCCUGCGCGACCCCGCGGUGCUCCUCCUCGACGAGCCGACGUCCGGGCUAGACUCCUCGUCGGCGCAUGUCGUCGUCAGCUGCCUCCGCGCCGUCGCGGCCGCCCGUGGCACCACGGUGGUGCUUUCCAUCCACCAGCCCAGCGCGCGCCUCCUCUCCGCUGUGGACUGCCUGCUCCUCCUCUCCCGUGGCACCGUCCUCCACCACGGUUCCCUCGCGUCCCUCGACGCCGCCCUCCUCUCCCACGGCCUCGUCGUCCCCGCGCAGCUCAACCCACUCGAGUUCGCGCUUGAGGUCCUCGACCAGCUCCCUCAUCCCACCACCCCCUCUACCCCUGAACCCAAGACGACGAAGACGACGCAAGAACUCAACUCGCCGUCGUCGUCGUCGUCUACUGGUAGUUGUUCGCCGUCGUCGAGGCUGCACGAGCUGGUGGUGCUGUACAAGAGGGCGUGGAAGGUGGUGUACCGGAGCAAGCAGCUGCUUCUGACAAACUUCCUAGAGGCGGUGCUGGUGGGCACGCUGCUGGGCACGAUCUACAUCCACGCAGGCUACGGCGAGGCCGGCGCGCACAAGCGGCUGGGCCUGUUCGCCUUCACGCUCACGUUCCUGCUGACCUCCACCACCGAGACGCUGCCGACGUUCGUGACGGAGCGGCCCAUCGUCCUGGCGGAGACGGCGGCGGGGCUGUACCGGCUGUCGUCGCACGUGGCGGCGGCCACGCUCGUGUUCCUGCCCUACCUUCUCGCGGUGGCGCUGCUCUACUCCGUGUGCGUCUACUUCCUCGUGGGGCUCUGCUCGUCGGCGGGAGCCUUCGCGGCGUUCGUCCUGGUGGUGUGGGCGGUGGUGCUGACGGCCAACUCGUUCGUGCUCUUCGUGAGCUCGUUCGCGCCGGACUACAUCGCGGGGAUGUCUCUGGUGUCCGUGUCGCUGGCGGGGUUCUUCCUCUUCUCCGGCUACUUCCUGUCGCGCGGGAGCAUGCCGUCGUACUGGGUGUUCAUGCACUACGCGUCGCCCUACAAGUACGCGCUGGACGCGCUGCUGGCGAACGAGUACACGUGCGCCGCGAACCGGUGCUUCGGCGGCGUGGUCGGCGGCGGCGGCGCCGCCGACGGCAGCGAGUGUUUGGAGACUGGGCGCGACGUUCUGGUGGAGAAGGGGCUCACGGCAGAGGAGCGGUGGACCGGCGUGCAGGUUCUGUUCGGCUUCUUCCUUCUGUACCGGGUGCUUUACUGGGUGGUGCUCAGCCGGCGAGCGUCCAGGGCUAAGAGAUGAGAAUUGAGAAGAUGAGGUCUCAGCGGCCGCCGGCCGGCAAACAUCGGUUGCGCUUGCCUGACUGUACGUGCGUGUGAACACGUGCAUGUACGCAUGCAAACAACUUUAGCCAGCAGAGGUAUGUCAAAUUGCCAACUUUGGAGAAGGCCAUGAAGAAAGGUGAUAUUAACUAGUAUGUAGUAAUUACGCUGUCAUAUACUGAUGUAAAUUGUGAAGAUAAAACUCCUUUAUAAGUGUGAUGAUAUGAUCGAUGGAUGGGUGAACAAUGUGUUGACUUAUCAAAUAUAUAAAUUUUGUCUUUCUUGUUAUUAAUUGAUUGAUUCAUUGAUUGGGACUCGGGUCUGAUGAGUCGUAUAUAUAUGAAUAUAUAUUUAUC